AUGAUCGAUACUCAUAAUGUCAUAGCACAGUCAUUUCGAAGAGUUAGAGAAUUCUAUCAGUGUCAUCCAUCUGAGAUUUUCUCAUUGAAGUUGUAUUCGCAACGGAACGUUGAUCGAAGAAUGUAUAGUGCUCCCUCUUGCAAUGAAGUUGCUGCUUUGAUUGUUGGAGAUUUUGAUUUGUCGGACCAUGGUCAUGACAUUAUUGUUCGAUCUACUGGUGGUCGGUUGCAACGUAUAUAUGAAACUCAUGCUCUGUAUUGGCCCUUACAGUAUCCUCUGUUGUUUCCAUAUGGCGAGGAUGGUUAUCAGUUGAACAUUGGUUAUCGAGGUGAACAGCUUGGAUAUGUUCCUGGAAGGAGAACAAGAGUUUUCCUCAGGGAAUUCAUAUGCUUUCGUCUCCAGAUUAGGGAGCAUGAAGAUGGAAUUAUUCACAAGUGUAGGCGGUUGUUUCAACAAUUUGUUGUUGAUUGUUUAACCAUGAUUGAGUCCCAGAGGUUGUAUGAGAUUAGAAUGAAGCAAAGUACAAUUAGAGGAAAAGUCCUUCAAGGAAUAGAGGAGGCUAUGCGUCGUGGCGAUGACGAGGCAUCUUCAAUUGGGACACGAAUCAUUUUGCCUUCCUCCUUCAUUGGUGGUAGACGUUAUAUGUUUAACUGUUGUCAGGAUGCCAUGGCGAUUUGUAAACAUUUUGGGUAUCCAGAUUUAUUCCUCACUAUUACGUGUAAUCCAAAUUGGCCUGAAUUUCAGCGGUUCACGGAGCGAGAGCGAAUUCCCAUCGCUGAUCGUCCUGAUAUCUCUUGUCGUGUCUUUCAUGCCAAGUUGAAGUUCCUCCUUAGUGAUCUCAAGGAAGGUGUGUUUUUUGGUCCACUUAAUGCAGGUAUGUAUACUAUUGAGUUCCAAAAAAGAGGUCUACCGCAUGCACACAUGUUACUCUGGCUUAACGGGGAAAGCAACUUACAAAGUGUUGAAAUUGUUGAUGAAUUCAUCUGUGCCAAGCUACCCAAUCCCCAGAAAUUUCCAUCUCUUUAUAACGUCGUCACCAAGUACAUGAUCCAUGGUCCCUGUGGUCGACUUAGACCGAGUUCUCCUUGCAUGAGAGAUGGUAAGUGCUCAAAAUUUUAUCCGAAAAGAUUCGUUGACCAAACGAGCUUUGAUGAAGAUGGGUAUCCAAUAUAUAGACGUCGUAAUAUGGGUGUCACAGUGAAGAUCAACGAUGUCGAUAUCGACAACAGAUUUGUUGCGUCCUAUAAUCCACUAUUGUUAAUGAAAUAUCAAGCUCACAUAAAUCUCGAGUUCUGUAACAAGUCAAACGUCAUUAAGUAUUUUUUUAAGUAUGUUAACAAGGGUCCGGAUUGGGUGACUGCAACUGUUGGAGAAACAUAUGAUAUUGGUGAAUCUUCUCAGAGGUUGACUUUUCACUUGCCGAACCAGCAACAUGUUGUAUUCGAUGAUGCUGAUAUCACUACUCAUAUUUAUUUGCGCAACAAAGAUUUGCUGACGAUGUUUACGGGUUGGAUGAUGGCCAAUAGGCGGUUCUCGGAGGGGCAGUCUCUAUCAUAUGUUGAAUAUCCAGGAAAAUUUGUCUAUUGUUUGAGGAGCAGGGAGUGGAAGCCAGGACAGAGGGAUUCUCAAUUGGAAGAUUGA